GACAGACAGAGGAGAGAGAGAGAGAGAGAGAGAGAGAGAGAGAGAGGUCGCCAAUGCGCUUCCACAACGCCGUGCUGUCGGAGUCAUUCUCGCUGUUUUUAAGCUUCGGUCUGAGUUUUUCUGUGUAAUUUAGGCGGCGUUUCCUCCUCCCCAGGCCCGAGAGAGAGAGCGAGAGAGAAAGAGAAAGAGGGAGAGAGAGAGAGAGAGAGAGAGAGAGAGAGAGAGAAGGAGAAGGCGAAGGCGAGAGCGCGCGGCGCGUCCCCGAUGGCGGGCUGGAAGGACGGCGCGGUGCAGGAGAAGUACCGACUCGUGGUGGUGGGAGGAGGCGGCGUGGGAAAAUCCGCAUUAACCAUCCAGUUCAUUCAGUCCUACUUCGUCACUGACUAUGAUCCCACAAUCGAGGACUCAUACACCAAGCAGUGUGUGAUUGAUGACAGACCUGCACGGCUUGACAUAUUGGACACGGCGGGACAGGAAGAGUUUGGGGCUAUGAGAGAACAAUACAUGAGGACAGGAGAGGGAUUCCUACUCGUCUUCUCUGUCACUGACCGGGGCAGCUUCGAGGAAAUCUACAAAUUCCAAAGACAGAUUCUGAGGGUGAAGGACCGGGACGAGUUUCCCAUGAUCCUCGUGGGAAACAAGGCUGAUCUAGAACUGCAGAGACAGGUGAGUCAGGAGGAGGGUCAGCAACUCGCUCGGCAGCUCAAAGUCACGUACAUGGAGGCUUCAGCUAAAAUCCGCAUGAAUGUGGACCAGGCUUUCCACGAGCUUGUCCGAGUCAUCAGGAAGUUCCAGGAGCAGGAAUGCCCGCCCUCACCGGAGCCAACGCGUAAAGAGAAGGACAAGAGCGGCUGCCACUGCGUGAUCGUCUGAUUGGUCCAUCACCAUUGCCACUCAUCCAGCUGCUAUCACCAAACCCCGCCCCCUCUACCCUGCCUUCUGACAUCACAUCCCGUGUGGAUGAAUCGCUGCCUUUCUCACACGUGCAUGUCUUCAAAAGAAAAUAAACACACACACACAUACACACUCUGCAUCCCAGCGAUAUCCGGCUCACGGCGGCAUCCGAGACAUCACGACUAGAAGAACCAAAUGGUGACGGAGCUCUGAAGGAGUAUUUCAUCUUCACUUCAGUGUCCUGACAUCACAACACCGAUAAAGAGUAAUCUCAUAAUCUCUCAACACAACACUACACAUCGCUGUUACUAAACAUGAACGCUUUUUGUAUUCUGAAGGGUUUUGUUGCCUUAAAGUGACUAAAACUUCACGCAUAGACAACACAGGAAUGUUGAUGAAGAGGCUUUUAGCCAGCUUUGUGUUCCUGAAGCUUACUUCCUCCGUCUUGUUCCACGUUUGUCUUCUUUGUGUUCCGAUCAACUACUGUGCAUCAGAUAACACGUUAAAACCUGAAAGUCUUCAUAAUAACAGCACGGUGUUCUCCACAGACCGAGUCCAGCUGGUGGAGAUGUGUGUGCGUGUAAUGUACGUAUACACAGGCCUUAAGCUGCUCACGCUAACUCUGUGUGUGAUGUUCUGCUCGAUGUUCUCUCUCUCUCUCUGUCUUUCACGCUGUCUCUCGCUCACGGUCAUCUUGGGCCCGCGGUGAGAAUGUGAUGUUGAUGUGUUUCAGCGUUGGUCCUGUAAGCGAGCGUAGACGUAGACGCCGCGUCCUGCUUUCAGCUCUGAGCUCGUUGUUUUUUUCUGGCUCUGUUCGGACUCUCAGGUUCUCCUCUUCUCACUCUUCUUCUUUUAUUUCCUCACUGUUCCUCGACAGAAGCGCACACCCCGGUGCCUCCACAAGGACCAUCGCUGAAGAUUUAUUAACAGAAGUCAAUAAACUGGUCAUUUUUCUGGCCUUCAUUCGUUUGCAUUUAAACUCUUUGAUUUGUUUUUUUUUUUAAUAGGAUCAAAUUCUGGUUUUUGUGUGUUUUUGUUUGUUUGUUUGUUUGUUUGUUUGUUUGUUCGUUCUGUUGUUAAUCCUGAACCUGAAUCUUCACUUCCAGCGCUGUGCAAAAGUCUUACGCUAGACUUUUUCACAAACUUCAUGUCUUUGUCUUCUGUGUUCGUGUGGAAGUCGUUAUUUUUUCAUUUGUUUGAUUAAACGUUAGAGUGAAGUUGUUGUAGUGGAUCGCUUUGUAGAGUGAAGUUCAGCGUGUGAUCAAAGAGAACAAACAGAAACCCGCAGAAGAACCGUGAAGGUUCUCCUAAAACCUACAGCUGAUGUUUGUAUAAAACUCGAUAAGACUCGGUGAGAACUGAAGCAGCUUUAAACUCAAAGCGAAUUCUCGCCUGCUUUAGUUUCAAGUCUUCGCUGUUUCGAAUCGUCACUUUCCAGAACCUUUUUGGACUUUUGCACAGUUCUGUACGUUAACCGUGGGAGAUGUUUCAGACUCUGUGUGUGUUCUGGCGGUUCAGACGGAUUGAGAUUCUGUCCUCACGCGCUGCCAUGUUUAUUAUUCCUGUCCAGGGUUCGCGUCUCCGUCUCCUCAUGUUUUUAUUUCACUCUUGUCGUCUUCCUGUUUGCGUUCACGCGGUUCUGUAUGAGGGAUUAAACUCUUCCUUUUUGUUUUCUCACACUGUAAUAUAAGAUAUUAAAAAGAAAAAAGAUGGAAGUGAUCCUCUGAACAUGAUUAAAUGUUUUUACUAUAUACUUUUAUACGUUAUUUUCUUAUCGGACUAGUUAACGAGUAUUUUUAUAUGUUUGUAAGUGAAGAUUGCUCUUAUGGGAAGAGCUCCACUGUGUGUAUUUGUAAAGACGAGUAUUUAAUGAUCUCGGUUUAUAAUAAAUAUCAUAGAGCAGA